UGUUCAUCUACAACAAAUCAUUCCACAAUGUGCUGGAGGUGACCAAAACGGACUAUCAUUCCUGCAACUCUGCUUCACCAAUCGCCACCCACGCAACAGGUAAUGACUCCAUCCCCAUCAACCGCUACGGCCACCGUUUCUUUAUCUGCGGAUUUCCCGGCCAUUGUGCCGCCGGCCAGAAGCUUGACGUCCGGAUCCCCAAACACUCCGCCGCCACUUCUCCGUCUAGCUCCGCUUCUCCAUCCGACAGUUCUCCAGUGCCCGGCGGUGCUGGUGGUCCCUUCUCUUCAGGUCCUGGUUUGGCGCCGCAUGGGAAUGGUGGGGCUCAGAGUGCUCAGAGUGUCACAGGAUUUGGCGUAGUGGCGGUGAUUGCUGUAGCCAUUAGCUGCUUCGACG